AUCCUUGAUGAUGUCAUCAAAUUGUAAUGUAAACCGGCAACGUGGAGAAUACUUGCCGUGGUUUAAAAAUAAUUAGUUGAAAACCAGGUGUUGCAAACUAAAAAAAUAAUAUGAGAACAACGUUAAUAUUAUCGCUUUGCAUUCUAGCAACGUUAAUUUACGAUGCAGGUGGUCAAGGAAGAAAGCCGGGUUCUACGUUGGGCGAAAGGGUUCAGCAACUCACCGACUUGACUAACAAAAGAUCGGUGCUCCGAUUCAACGCGAAUAAGUUCAAAGAUUUCGUCAAAUCAACACCACGCAAUUAUUCCAUCAUUGUAAUGUUCACCGCUAUGGCGCCUCAGAGGCAGUGCGCCGUGUGUCGUCAGGCACACGAUGAGUACACAAUCGUUGCCAAUUCCUAUAGGUACUCUCCGUCCUACUCAAAUAAACUAUUCUUUGCAAUGGUAGACUUCGAUGAAGGAUCCGAAGUUUUUCAAAUGAUGAGACUGAACACGGCGCCUGUGUUUAUACAUUUUCCGCCAAAGGGUAAACCCAAGAAUGCCGAUACCAUGGACAUCCAGAGAAUUGGUUUUGGUGCUGAAGCUGUAGCAAAAUGGAUUCAGGAAAGGACGGAUAUCCAGAUCAGAGUAUUCCGCCCUCCAAAUUAUUCUGGCACAUUGGCGGUGAUUAUUCUGUUCAGCUUUGUGGCCGGAUUUUUAUAUCUCCGAAGGAACAACCUGGAGUUCUUGUACAACAAAACAAUGUGGGGCAUGUGGUCCUUAUUUUUCUGCUUUGCUAUGACAUCGGGUCAGAUGUGGAACCAUAUUAGGGGCCCCCCAUUUGUCCAUAAGAAUCAAAAUGGGCAGGUUGUUUACAUACAUGGCAGUUCACAGGGCCAGUUUGUAUUUGAAACUUACAUCAUCAUGUUUUUAAACGCAGCGGUCGUCGUGGGCCUCAUACUGAUGACUGAGGCUUCGAAAGGGAAAGGAGAUGCGAGGAAAAGGAAAAUAUUUGCUGUAGUGGGCCUCAUUUUGGUAUCGGUCUUUUUCUCCCUCCUCUUGUCUGUUUUCAAGACAAAGACUCAGGGUUACCCUUACAGCUUCCUAUUUAGAUAAAGGCCCACCUAGUCAUCAUCGGCCAGCUAGUUUUUUUUCAUUUAAAAAUUGGCCUCAAUAAAACAUAAGGCACAGUAUAAUUGCUUUUAUUUACCUUAUGUGGAAUGGAGUUGUAGCAAGCAAACACA